AUGGGAGAGAAUGAUCCGCGCAGUGCGACCAUCGCUCAGCACCAAACAUACUUCUGCGUACUGGUGAGUUCACAUGACUGAGCUAAUUGCUGAUGAACAUCUCUUCCAUGUUUUUGUGGAAAAACUCGGAAAGGGUUAGUCACGAACAAGCCCGUAGGAGUUUCCUCCGGAAGUGCGUUACCAAUUUGCUCUCAGGAGAGGUUUUACACAAAAUCUCGCUCUUCACUUUCUGGGGAAUCACUGGGAGCUAAAAAAACGUAAAGUUAAAGAUUUAGGUGUACUUAUAUUUGAAAACGGAAGACAUGAAGAAGGCGAAAAUUUCAAAAUUUAAAAUUUAACAGAGUGCAUAGGCAAAGUUCCAUAGAGAUGUUCCUUUUAGGGGUGACAAAGGUCUUUUUUGAUGCCUUUUUCCGCUAUUUUUGCAGUUUUUCCAUUUUCCCACCAUUUCUUGAGCCUUUAAAAUCCCAGAAAAAAAUAAAAGGCUCGAUAAAGGGACUUUUUUGCGGCCUUUUUGUGGUCUUUCAGCAGCCAUUCCGACUAUGCCCAAUUAAGAAGAAAAAGGCCCAAAGACAGCUUUUCCGUUUUCGUUUUUCUAAAAAAUAUUUUUUCGGUUACAGUCAUCCAGAAAAUUUCUAUUCUGAGUAUUCAUUUUUGUCUUCACUUUUCUCUUCUUUCAGUUAAAAUAUCAAUGCUCAAUAAAAACCAAUAAUAUGACCUCAAACCUUUGUCUGAUCACAUGCGAACAAUUUCCCGAAAAUAGAGAAAAACUGAUAAGAAAUGAUCAUAAAUAUGCUUAUCAUUCCGCCGACAAAGAACCAAACCCACUACAGUAAGCACAACAGCUGAGGCGUCCUUUUAUGUAUUUCCUACAAAUAAAAUGACGCCGGCUCUCCAACGGAAGCACACUUGGUGUGCAAUUACGCCUCAAUGAGCAAACCAGGCAGUUCCAUUGUCGUUUUGGAGCAGAGCUAAAAUCCAUCUGAAGUCUGCAGACAAGACACAGCACAGAGUUUUUUCGGUUUUAGUAGUUUUCUAAACAAAAAGAGUUUUAAAUAGAAAUAAACAAGGUUUAAAGGGGUAAUAUUUGAGAGCAAAAACUUAAGUCAUUGCUUUGUAAAUUUUUUUGACAAAGUUCAAAAUCUCGAUGGAAGUUUUACUUCUCACAAGGAAACUGGGCGGUUUUAAUUUUUCUGAAAAUUGGCCAGGAUACUCCAUGAAUCAUCAAAAGUAGAUAAGGAAAACUUCAAUCUACGAAAAUUCCUAUUUUUGAGAAAGAACACCUUGAAAUCCGUAAAAAUUGUCCGAUGUGGGGCUUCAAGUCCUUAUUUUUCAAAAACCCGGGAGUUGUGCAAACUGAAACUUUCAGCUUUUUUGGUAUAUCAAAAAGUUUUUAGCCAAUUUUCAAAAAAUUCCUAACCGCAAAGUGAAAUGACGUCAUUUGUCCGGAAGCGUUCAUUUUUAAAGAAUAUUCGAGAAUUAGUAAGUAACUCGCAGCAAAAAUGAAAAUGUUAAAAAUAAAGUUAAAAUUCAGUUUUUUUACUGAUUUUAGAAUCAUAAAAAAAUAUGGAACAAAAAAACGUUUUUUUCAUUUAUAUCAAUAACUUAAAAACUCAGCCGCAUCGCAACCGCAACGCAUUGAUCCAUUCUAGCCAAGACCAGUGAAUUUCAUUAUUCCAAAUCAGUCAUUUUAUCUUUUUGUCACCUUUCGGAAAAUCGGAAAAUGAUCUUUGACAUUUCGAGUUCUAUGUCAGCUUUUUCAAACUUUUGAUGACAAGAACCGGAAAAUGAAGUUCUCUGGUUUCUGAUUUGUUUAAAAUACGAAAAAAAAAACCUUUUUCUCAAUUUGCCGCCUUAUCAGAAUUCAACUAAGCUCUCACUGAAAAAUAGUUUUUUUUUGAAUCGAUCUCUUCGAACUGAGCAGCAGAACAGAGGGAAAAUCGCUGAUAAAUUUAUCAAGCAGCAAAGUUCGUUGAUUGAUCUUUCGAAUUCCAGGUUGUGGAAACGCUGGCAAUAGUCCCGUGCUUAGUGAUAGCAUCUGUCAGUUUUGCAAAGUACGAUGCUGAGGAAUAUCAAGAGGCGCACAAGGAAAUUUCUCAAGUCAUUCGACACCAGUUUUUAUUUCCUCUCGUAGCUGUUCAGGUGAGAUAGUUGGAGAAGUCGCAGUGAAAUUUCCCCAAGUUGAAAUUCGAUGACCACAGAUUUUUAUUAAUGUAGCAGUCAUAAUUUAAUAUUUUAUCGUAGGACAAAAACACAAAAAAUUAGCUUCCGAGUCAUUUUUUGUAGCCUAACGCUUAUUGCGCAAACCAGGUCAGGUCGAGCGCAAUAAAAGAUGUUUGCUUUGUGCUAGUUAGUUAUUCCAUGCUUUCCGAAGAGCAAUUUCUUUUCUUUUGUUCUUCUCACCACUUUCUUAAGUUUCAGAAGCUUUUCCAGAUACAGGUCAUGAAUAAAUCUUGACCUUUGAGUUAAUUAAAUGCAAAAUAAUUUGGUUGAUCCAAUGGAUAUGAGAAAUGUCAAUAACGGAAAAAAUUUAUUAUUCUUAAAGCCUCCAAAUCAAAAACUGAAACUAUUCGAGUAUGCGUUUUCCAGAGUGUUUGGGUUGCUUCCGACGUACUUGCUGUGAUAUCUGUAUUUUGUACCGUGCCAUAUCUUCUUUCUGCCACAUCUUGUCGUCUGCCUAGGAGGCCUGAUUAUUGCAAUUUUACUACUCGGCCCUACAGGUUCGUCAAUUUCAUUUAUAGCCUGUGUACCACGGCUUGGAAUUUCACGGAACGACAUUCCGCUGUGCCGCUGCGCGCCUUUGCGAGCCUUGGUCGCGCUUUUAAUUUUUUUUUUUCUUUCAAUAACGUACUCCACUUCCAUGUGCUCCCACAGCAAUAAUAAUCAAUGGAAAGCGUGACCUACAUUCAAAGGACGAUUCGCGAACGCACGCAGCGGAACAGCGGAAUGUCGUUCCGAGAAAUUUCAAGUUGUGGCACACAAAAAAUACAAAGCUCUGAUUUCUACUUAUGAUUAUCAUUUUUGGCCACUAAUCAGAAGAUGUUUUUCAGUGGACGUUCUUAUCCGUUCUACCGAGUCGAAAUCUUCUUUGAUAUUUCUGGCUGUAGGUCUAUCUAUCUUCAUCUUAUGCGAACUGUUCUUCAUAAGCGUCCGAUUAUCAAGUUUCCGGCUUUUGGUUAAGAAAAAGAAGGUGACCGAUUUUUCAAACUCGCUGGAAUAAGCGUUUUUUUUGAGGCGGUGCAAAGUACUGCGGAGAAACCAACUGUGCAGGACCUCGAGCAGGGCAGCACUUCUUUCAGUCGGCGUUCCACAAUUAG